AUGGGCAGCAGUGAAUCGAUCCCUGAAGGUGAUCUACUGAGGAUUGUGAUGAUUGGCAAAACUGGUGUUGGGAAGAGCACCACUGGCAACACCAUCAUAGGCGAAGAGGUUUUUGAGUCUGCAGUGAGAUCAGAGUCAGUGACAGAGACCUGCCAAAUAGAACGAAUUAGAGAUUGCAAAAGAAAGAUCCAAGUGGUCGAUACUCCCGGCAUUCUGGAUACGUCUAAAAGUGCAGACACCAUAAAGAAAGAGAUUGCCAAAUGUGUCCACAUAUGCUCUCCAGGCCCUCACGUCUUCCUGCUGGUCAUUCAGAUCGGCAGGAUUACCAAAGAAGAAGAAAACUGUGUGGAAGCGCUGCAGAAACUCUUUGGACCUGAGGCAUCAAACUACAUCAUUGUCCUGUUCACUCAUGGUGACAAACUGAAGAAGAUGACCAUGCAAGAGUAUCUGAAAGACACCAACCCUAAAGUCAGAGAGAUGCUGACCAGGUGCGGUAAUCGAUACCACGUCUUUAACAACAAGAAUAUGAAGAACAGAUCUCAGGUGGUUGAGCUGAUCAAGAAGAUCGAUUACAUGGUGGCAGCAAACGGAAGAUUGCACUACACUGAUGACAUGUUUGAGAAGGCACGGAGGAUUCUGUGGUAUGAACAUAAAACAACACCAUAA